AAAAUCCUAAGCAAAAGUGGAGGGAAAGGACUACGAUAUGAUAAUAAUAUAGUAAAUGAUCACUUUACCGUCACAGAUCGUCAUUACCCGGAAAAAAAAUUCAUUGUUUCUCGAUAUGCGCAUGUGCUUUUAGAGUAAAGCCCCCGAAAAAUAGAUUAAAACCUGUUUCUUUUUCGUCUUUGUCUCCACCACUUUUCACAUCCAAAACUAAACCCUUGUUUGUUCCACCUUCUUGUUUCACUGUUGUGUUUCUUCGUUUUCCCCUCUACCGAAUCCACAAUGCGAAUCUCUGAAUCGGACUCGUUGAUAUCUCGGCAUCUCUCUCUCUCGAUUUUCCCGUUCUAUCCAUUCGUUUCUCCGUCCGAUCCGGCCAGGCUUUCAAAUUUUCCAGUUAAUCUCUGGGAAACACAGUAUGCUGGAGCGUUGAAGAAGAGGAGGGCUUUCAGUUAAAUGGGUGUUGUGCAACUCUAUCCAGCGAACCUGGUCUGGAGGAUGGUGUAACCGAGAUGAAGAACAAGAACACGGUAAAUGUGGUUAAGCCGAUUGAUACAGAAAAGAAAACAGUGACAAACAUGAUGAUUUCUCUGUGGAAGAGAAGGGAGAUAGAUCUAAGCAAGUGAGGUUGACAACAUGGGUGAUUGUUUUGUUGAUGAGGUGAAAGCAGGGAAUGCUCUUCUCUGUCUGUGGCAAAUGAUUACAGAAAAGAGAUUGACAAACAAUGGUGUGGCUGUGGAAAAAGGAAAGAAAGGGAGGCAAAAGUAGUGAUGGCUUUUCUGUUAAGAAGAAGCUACUACGUGAGCUUGUGGAAUUUCCUGGUGCCUAAGGAGACUCAUGGAAAAGAGGACGGCCUCGGAAGCUGCAGAUUAGCAGUCAGUCUGAUGGUAACGAGGACAAAGUUAUUUGCGUUAAGGAGAAGCAAGAUCUAGGGAAUGAGCAAUGGGCGGAACCUAAUAAGAUUCUAGGAGUCAGUCAGGUUGAGAUUCGGGUGGGUAGAUCAUACGAUGAAAAUGGGCCACAUAAUGAAGAGCUAAAAGUCAAACGUAAGCGGGGAAAGUUACCGGCUGAGAAUGUCAGACUGUGAGCAUGGGAGCACCCUGUUAACGUUGGAACAGAGUAACUCUAUUGAGAUGAUUCCAGGAGGAGACCAAAGCGUAACUGUGGAGGCAGGGCUAAGAGACAUGACUUUGACGGAGGCGAUUGCAGGAGGGGAAGGAAGCGUGGAAGACCUCCAACACCAAAGACGAAGAAGAAACCUGGGGAGACUGAUUGUAAAGCAAUGAAGCCUUGUGAGAGUUCCUCAAUGUCACGGGACAACAAACCCUCAAGUGAUGGCGAAAUGAGGAUUGGAGAACAAAAGCAAAAUAAUGAUAGGAAGACGAUCUUUAUUAGAAUCCAAGAAAAAGCAAGCUUAGUUUGAGUUACUUCUAGCUGCUGGUUGGACAGUUGAAUACAGGCCCCGUAACGGCGGGAAGACGUAGCACAACGCUGCUGUUUAUGUGAAUCCCCACUGGUCAGUGACCAAAGCUUAUGAAGUCUAUAAAGUAAAUUCUAGAUCAAGCAGACUCUGUUCUUGGGUUACUGCCAGAAGAGGACCUUGACCUUUUAAGGAGAAAAGCUCAGAAGAAACGGAGCGAUACAGGUAAGCCAAAGGUCAAAGAACCGCAAGGACACAUAUACUAAUGAAGAUAUGGUCUCGAAAGAGAAAAAGCGCAGAAGAAACGAAAAGGGUCACACAGCUUAGAAAGAAGUUUGGUUUCAGUCCGGAAAAUAAAGAGGGAAGAAAAACAUAAUAGAAAGCUGCGGUGCUUUGUCAGCUCGCAGUUCUUUGUCGGAUGCAGAUUCCAACGAGAAUGGGUACAUUUUGUUUGAAGGGAAACGCACCAUGCUGGGAUGGAUGAUUGAUUCAGCCAUUGUGCCACUUAACGGGAAAGUUCACUGCGAAAACACUGAAGAAGGAAUAAUCACAAAAGAAGUGGAGAUCAAAAUGAUGAUACAUGUGCUAUAUGCGGGGACGCGGGAGAUCUUAACUGCUGUGAUGGUUGCCCGUCAACUUUCCAUCAGAGCUGCCUGGGCAUUAAAAAAUUCCCAUCUGGUUCUUGGUUUUGUUGCUACUGCUCAUGCAAAAUUCUGCGAGAAAGUUGAGGCAGCUAAUCAUGGCACUACAACUCUUUCUCCCUUGUUGAGGUGCUACCUAUGUGAAGAAAAAUAUCACCAAGCAUGCAUCAAGCAAGAUGGCACGGUACCUGUUGAAAGUAGUACUCAUCCAUUUUGUGGAAAGUAUUGUCAAGAGUUAUUCGACAGACUUCAGAUACUAAUUGGAGUUAAACAUUCAUUGCCCGAGGGCUUCUCUUGGACAUUCCUCCGCUGCUUUGAGAUCCCUCGUGAUAAUGACAUAUCUGAGAAGAUUGCAUAUAAUGCCAAACUGGCUGUUGCUUUUUCUGUUAUGGAUGAGUGCUUUUCACCUUUAGUUGGUCGCAGGAGUGGUGUCAACCUGCUUGAAAAUAUCGUCUACAAAUUUGGGUCGAACUUCCAUCGGCUAAACUACAGCAAUUUUCUUACUGCUGUUUUGGAGAGGGGUGAUGAAAUCAUCGCUGUGGCAUCUAUCAGGAUCCACGGCAAUCAACUGGCAGAAAUGCCGUUUAUAGGAACCCGCUACAUGUACAGGCGUCAAGGGAUGUGUCGUCGACUAAUGAACGGCAUUGAAUCUGCGCUUGGCUAGACAAAUUAGUCAUACCAGCAGUGCCAGAACUGAUGGAUACAUGGACUAAAGGCUUCGGCUUCGCGCGCCUGUUCGUGAAUCAGCCAGAAAAACAAUUAAGAAUAUUAACUUGGUGGUGUUCCCUGGUGUUGACAUGCUGGAGAAGUCAUUGGCUAAGGACAGCGGUGAACUGCUGUUGAGGAGUCUGCCUGGAGAUGUUGAGGAAAGUAAACCUGCGGAGGGUAAAGCUGAUCAAAAUUGGGCAUCUGCUGAUGUUGAAUCUCAUUGUUACCAAGUUGAUAGCUGCUUGGAAUCGAUGGAUGUAGAUAAUGAUACAGAAUCGAAUCUGAAGUUGCUUAGUGGGUCCUUGGAGGAGAAAGAAGAGAUUGGGAUUGGGAAAACUGACAGAUAAAGAGGUCGAUUUCCUUCCUGUUGGUGUAGUUGAUAACCAAAGAGAAUCUAACUAGGGAGUUAAUGAUGGUUCUCAUGAGGAUCAAACUAAUACAAGAAGACAGCAAAGUGGUGAUUUAAAAAGCUUUGAAGCUGAGGGUAAAGAGGAGCUAGACGAAGAAUCCGAUUGUUACAUACUAGAAAAUUCUCAGGCACUUGGUAAUGGUGGUACAGAGGAAAAGAUUGGCAGUAAAGCUUUAUCACUGAAGAAAGGAGUGGCUUCCAUAUUCACGACAACUGAUUCAAGGAUCAUGGGGAACGUCGAGGGUGAACAAAAAGGGUACACAGGUACCACUGCCCUGUUGAUCGGCUCUUCACAUGGCAGGUGUGUUUGAGGUUCAUUGCAGCCUUUGUUUGUAUGUGCAUAUGAUCAGAACUAACAGCACUUUUGUCAAUUUUCAUGACAAACGAAAAGGCGCAGGUGAAAGAAGAGUAGUUAGACUAUUAUGCUAAUUGCAGUAUUUUAGUAGUUUUAUUUAUGACUCAGAGCCAGAGGUCAAGUAAAACCUUGCACUUCUCAGUGCUUAUUAGAUUUUUUUUAAAUAUUGUGGUAGCGGACCAAUUAAUUUAUUUCAUGGCCAUUUUGUAAUAUCAAACAUUGAGGUGCUUCUUCAUCUUACUUAUCUAAUACAUCUUCACUC